CUCCCACUCCCCGCUCUCGCAAUCUCGUAUCCACCCAGGCCACGCGCCGGGGCAGAUGGAACCAGCUGCAGGCCUCCAGUCAGCUUCUCCUACGGGGUCCUGUGCAGCCGCACCCCACUGAUUGGCCGUCAAACACCACGGCUGGCCGAGUUGAGAGGUCUGUUAAGCGCCCGGGAAGCCAACCCCGGGCCUUGCAUGCGCGGGGUCUCGAUGUCCGCCUGUGUGACAAUGGCUUCUCCAUGCUGUGCAUACAAAAGCUCGUGUGGCGGCACCUCGCGUUGGCACUCGCCGCGCAUCUCGUCCGUGCUCUUGUAAUUGCUGUCUCGACGCGCGCUUCGGUUCACGUCGAACAGGCGGCGGCGAACAGAGGCUUGGCACAACUGUCAACUGGGCGAUUCUCUGACCCUUCAAGCUCAAGGAUCACAUGGCGGCCAGGCCCGGCGAGGAGAAUGUGGCGACGCUCUUCGGAGACGUUCACUACUUCUAUAGCUCUCCCGGCGUGAAGCCCCGCCAUCAUCGUUUCGACAAGGGCUCCUAUGUGUACUUGUUUGAGAACGCAACCGAGAGGAGAUGCCGCAUUGAGGUUGCAAAUAACCCCGGCACCGACGACCAAGACGCCUUUGACGGAUACCUGGACCAAACUCGAGUCCACUACUCGUACAAACACCACUGCAUGGUCUCGCUGGUGGUGGCCGAUUCGGCUGAUCAGAGUGAAUGGCAUCUCCCAACAUACGACCCGCGGAAUGAGCACAAGUACCACUACAAGCUCCAUUCUCUCGACAUAUACUUUUGGACCCAGGCCGAUGCAUUACAAUUUAUCAACGGGGUACGGCGUGUUCUUCCCCCAUCUCAGGUGGAAGUUCUGGACGAACCCGGCCCGCCGCCACAGGCUACUGCCGCGAGCUCUGUGGUCCAGAGACUCGAGAAAGUCGCCAUAACAGAUCCUCAGUAUGGGGGUACAAGCACUGCUGCCGCGCCUCCAGCGCAUGCUCCAGUUCAAGGCUCCAGCCCGGGCGGAAGCUUGGCAGCAGUUGCCGCCGACAUCCUCCCGGCCACGAUGCCGCCGCCGCCACCGCCGCCUGCAGCAAACUUUGCGCCCAUGGCUUACAAUCCGGCCGCCCCGGCGGCGCCUGAGGCGAUACGGCAUCGAGAGAAGACGCCGCCGCCUGAUGAAGAUCCUCUCAACCCGUUAGCGGUGGCCGUAGCAUACGAUUAUCAGAAGCAACCGUUUACGCCGGGCAUCCCGCCAGCAAGUCAGCAUGGACAGGUGACCAGUCCAGGCCUCCCGCCUUCAAAAUUCGCUGCGCCGCCGUCACACCCUGGAAUGCAACGGGCGGCAACCAUGCCCGCGCAUCAGGGAAUGGCGAGUCCCUAUGGUUCUAGCUUCCCGGCAUCGCCAGGCUUCGCCCCUCCACCUCCGCCCCCGCAGCCGGCAUCACAGCCAACCCUGCCCAUAUCGAACCCUGCCGGACCAACGCAGUCACCAGGAGGCUUCACCAACUAUACUUAUAGCCAGCAGCAAGCUCCUGUGCGGCAGCUGAGCCAGGACUACUCGAUCCAUCAGCAGGUUUACCGCCCUAGCACAGAGACCGGGACGGCGCAGGCCCAGUAUCAGCCAAAGCAGGAGGGAAGGAGCAGGCUGGAGGAGAACGCGGGUAAGCUUGAAAGAGGCGUUACCGGGAUGCUCAAGAAGUUCGAGAAGAAGUUUGGAUAGCUACCAGGCCGCGGUGGAUCUUUGCGGAGUAUGGAUGGGGAUCGCUUGUCAUGACCCUGUCAAGAUCUGUGAAGUUGGGGUUCGAAUGCAGUAAAUAUCUGAGCCCGUACAGGCCCUAGAAGAGCUAGGGCCAGGCAAAUGCCAUCGAAGGUGACGAUCGACCGUACGAUGCUGAGGGCAGCUGACUUUGGCAGGAGUAUUGGGAAUUUGGGAGACGGCAACUCGUCGCCCGGUUGCAGAAUUCCGGCCACAGCCUCACCGCGAAUGGUCGGUCCAUCGCGGUGGGGUUCCUCGCAAGACUUGCGUCUGCUCAGGCGGCCAAGUAUCAAGGUUGAUAGAAGAAUCAUGUAGCAGGCAUGAGGUCAGCAACAUCACUGUGAGGUCUGCAUUUGGAGCAGUGCACAAUGAGGUGGAUCCCGAGGAAUUCAACCACUCAUCGAC